CCACGCCCCCUUUGGUGACGCGACUUCCGGUCAGGGUGGGGGAGGGGCGCGGCUGAGGCGGCGGCGGUUGCUGCUGCUGCUCCUCCUCCUGAGCCAGGCGCCGCCGCGGAGGCGAAGCGAUUCUCUCGCUCUCCGGAGAAAGCCUUGGGCUGGCGUCUUGUCCAGCAGAACUCCCCCCAUAUCACAGCCAUGUUAACAGCAGGAUGAAGCUGGAGGCCGUUGUGGAGCAGCUGCAAAAGCAGCAGCAACAGCAGCAGCAAGCCCCGCUGCAGAUGGAUUCCCGAGAAAGACAACAGAGGCAGAUGAGAGAAACCCAGCUGCAUUAUGCGCAGCAGCUGACAGUGCCACAAGGUGCUCUCUCAGCCACAUCUGGCAAAGCCUCAGGCGGCCCGGUUCUUGGCCCUUCGGCUCGAGUCCCACCUGUGCUUGGGACUGCCCGAACAUUUGACCAGAGUAGUAUGAACUCAGAGGAGGACGAGGAAGAUGAGGAAGGAGAAGAGGACGAGGAAGAUGACGACCUCGAUGAUGAUGCUCCACGAACUGGGAAAGAUGCAUGCUCUGCUUUGAAGUAUUUUCACGCUUCCAAAGUUGCCCCCCACAACCAAAGAGUGGCUUCUUCUUCGAAUCCCCUGCCAGUUUUAGGACUGCAGCGGGGAGUACAGGGAAAGGAUGACCAGGGUAAAGAAGCUGUGAACCCUCCGUAUUCUGGCUCCCCAUCUGUGAGACAGAACUGGAGAUUGGAUGAGCAGCUCAAGCAGAAUGGGAGCCUGAGCUGGAAUGAAGAUGCUGAUGGCAGCAGAGGAAGAGAGGUAUCUCGAGACUUUGCCAAGUUGUACGAAUUGGAUAGUGACCCUGAAAGGAAGAAAUUCCUGGAUGAUCUCUUCAUCUUUAUGCAGAAGAGAGGAACACCAAUCAACCGCAUCCCCAUCAUGGCAAAACAGAUCCUCGACCUCUACAUGCUCUACAAGCUGGUGACGGAGAAAGGAGGUCUGGUGGAAAUCAUCAACAAGAAGAUCUGGAGGGAGAUCACCAAAGGCCUUAACCUACCCACCUCUAUCACCAGUGCUGCUUUUACGCUUCGCACCCAGUAUAUGAAGUACCUCUAUGCCUAUGAAUGUGAGAAGAAGUCCUUAAGUUCUCCCGCCGAGCUGCAGGCCGCCAUUGAUGGCAACAGGCGGGAGGGCCGACGGCCCAGCUACAGCUCUUCCUUGUUCAGCUACUCCCCUGCCGCCCCGGGACCUCCUUCACUCCUGUGUCCUCCAAAGAUCCGCUUUCCCAUCGUCAGCUUGGCCACUGGCAGUGGAACCAGCAGCCCUCACCUGUCUACAGCAGGCGCUCUCAGGAAAGGUGAUGGCAUCCCCCUGACUGUUUCCACGCCAAACCGUAUUGCCAUGCCUGUGACUUUGGCGAAUCAGCAGGCCACAGUUGCAGCUGCCGCCGCCGCCAGAACAGCCACCCUGGAACAGCUGAGGGAGAGGCUGGAGUCGGGAGAACCUGCGGAGAAGAUUGCGCGCAUGACUGAGGAAGAGCAGCGAUUUGUCCAGCAGGCAUUUCAGCGGAACCUGUUCAGCAUGGCGCGGCAGCUGCCCAUGAAGAUCAAAAUCAAUGGCCGAGAGGAUAAAUCAGAUUCGGCAGCGACAGCAGCGGCAUUGAAUUGGACCCCAUCUGGCUUCGGAAGCAUUAAUAUGUCAGUGGAGAUCAAUGGCACAAUCUAUGCUGGAGUCCUGUUUGCUCAGAAGCCUGUCGUCCACCUCAUUGCCGGAUCGAGCGCACAGAGCACCGGCGGUGGGAGCAGCAGCUCCUCCCAUUGCUCCCCCAGCCCCACUUCCUCCAGGGGAACACCCAGCGCCGAGCCGUCAACCAGCUGGUCUCUUUAAGCGGGAAGCAACCGCUCUUGCUCUUGGAAACGGCUCCUCUCGGAAUCUCGAAUGGAAUAUCGAUGGUGACCUCGCCUUGAGGAACCUGCUGCAGAGCACCCCGCAGUUCUGCAGCCAACAAGAUUCCCAUCCGGAUGGGCUUGCUGUCCAUGUAGCCUUUCUUCAGGUCUUGCUGUGUCCUCAAUGAAAAAAAGAAGAAGGGCAAUGGGGGUUUUGUGGGUGGGUGGGUUGGGAAAGGGACACAGGGCGUGUUUCAAUCAGGGAUCCUCCGGACAGGCUGUGCAUUUUUUGUAGAUGACUGAGCAUCGCCAUGGUACCCAAACAGCCAAGACACCAAACUUGAUAAUUGGGGUUUGUUUUUUUGGGUUUGUUUUUCAUCUGAUGCCCCAAAACACUUUCUUCCUCUAACAUGACUGGUGUAUUGACAAUCCUACCCCCAAAGGUGGGGGGAAAUGUAGCUCUUUAUUCUCAACUCACCUUCCAAUUCUUCUCCGCACCUUGCCCCACACAAAGGGGCUGCACAUAACAGUUUUUGAUCCAGGCUCCAACCCAUCCUCUCUUUUCCUCUCCCUUGCCAAAAUCCAAAGUCAGCAAGGGGCUAAAUCCAAUUCUUCGUCCUGACUAGAAUAAGACCUAUUUAACCAAUGCAACUUAUAAAGGUUGCAGCAGUUCAGUGGAACUAGUCUUGUUGGGACUAGCAAUUGUAUUUAGGACUUGCCAUCUAGCAAAGGGGUCAUCAUCCUAGUUGGCACGUGAGAUUGGAUUUAGGCUCAGUUUGCUCUCCCAUGACUUUAAUCUACUGUCUUCUUCUGGAGGAAGUUCCUGUCUAGCACUGCUUCAUUUUAGUACACUUGGAGGGCAGAGCAGUGCUUUUCUUGCAUUUCCAGACGUUGAAUAGGGUUGAAAUGCUCUGCCUUGGAUUUUCUUCCAGCUUUAGCUGCUUUCAAGGUUUUUCUAUCCCAGAACUGCAAAGCUGCUCCACAGUUGACAUCUGUUACAUCCCUUUCCCUCUCUAUUUCAAGUGUGAAUGUAGACAUGGAUUUUGGUGAAAAAAUAUAAUUGCCUGUCAAAAAGUGAAUGGUAAAGGUGACUGGAGAUAAUCCCAGGGAAGCCGUCAUCAUGCUGUCCUAUUAUUUCUUCCCACACAAAACUAUAACAAGAACUUAAAUGUCUUGACACUGAACCGCACCAGGUCUACCUUUAUAAUUAACCACUCACCAUCCUCUAGAGCCCCAUAUUGAUGGAGGCAAGUGGAAAUGAAAGGAAAUGUUGACCACUCUCUGAGCAUUUUAGGAGCAUCUCAAAGUGAUUGCAUCUUAGCCCCAUAAUCUGAAACUCCCAAUGACUUCCCCUUAAAAAUCUAACCAGGGAACUGGGCUUUUGUUGGAGGUGUCCAGACAGAGGAGCUUCUCUGCUCUCUUUUCCCUGACACAAUCACACUUGCCUUGCGCUGCCCUUGAGCCCACUUCUUGCUUCUGCUCACUCCUUAUAGGUGACCUCUCCUGUCCAUCAAUGGGAUUGACAGCCUGUCUCCAUGCCAACAGGGAUCUCCCCUCUCUCCCCUCACUCACCCUGGCGAAUCUCAGUCAUCCUCCAGACUUGCAUCAGCAUCUCCUGAGCAGAUGAAAUACCUCAGAAAAUAUGUACUUAUUGCUGUGUUGUUGGUUUUUAUUUCUCUUCUGGAAGGAUUUGCAUAUGUUAAAGCUUCUUUUUAUACGUCUUGUUGACUGCUUUUUAUUUUUAAUUUUAUAUAUUGUAGCACCAAAGACACACCAAAAAAAAUAUGAAUGAAAGAAAGAAAAGAAAGGAACUCCCUGAGUCUGAAGGAUCAGAAAGCUUUGAUGUCUCCAGUGUAGCAUGGAAGCAUUUGGCAGAAGGUGUCUCAGGAUAUGGGUAAUAGAUGGGGGCAGUUGCCUAUGAAUCGCAGGUUAAUUUCUCAGGUUGUUCUGGUCUCAUGCUCCUCUGCAUGGUCUCAUCCCAUAGAGGUUCCUCACUUCAGGCUUUGCAAACUAAUCAUUCUUCUUUGCAACCUGAACUGAAGACACUUCUGGCUGGCUCUAGGGUACUUCUUUCUUUAUGACAUCCACAGCAAAACCUUGGCCAACCUUUGGCUUCUUUCUUCUGGUUUGUGGAGGAUCCCAGCCCAAAUGUGCUCAUUAGAUUUGAGCACCUGCAAGGCAGUCGGAUCUCAGACUAGGAAUCUCUUCCCCUUUCAUUUCGUAAGUUGCUUUAGAAGAACAGUGGAUUUCAGGGAGAAAGCAGGAUACCCAGCUGGAACAUUAUCUGUAUCGUUGUGGGGGUGCUGUUGAAUUUCUACUCUGUUCAUUCUCAGUCUGAAGAACUAAUACUAGACUCCUGUUUUUCCAGUAAUGGAGCAGAGAAAAAACGGGGCCUGGGAGAGGUGUGUGAAAACCUUUAAAAAGUAGAGUAUAAUGAAAUAAAUAAAUCCAGACAGGCCUUUGGACACAGAAUUCGUUGACGAUGCCUGUUGGUAUCCCAUCUCUUUGUGCCAGAACUUGCGGCUACUUUCACCUAGGCCUGUUUCUCUCUGCAGCGUGUUGUCUAAAAGAACUGCCCGAGGAGUGCAUUCGAACUGCUCAAUGAGAUUCUGCCUCCCCCAGAAGAUUUCUGUGUGUCCUCCGUGACUAAUCUUCUGACGUGCCUGGCUCCUUCUCAUCUAUUGCAUGAGCAAAGCCUCUCAGAGCUCUUCCGCAGUUGCCAAAUGAGUUCUAGCAGUCUGAGCUUCCUUUUCUAUUAAAUAGCUGUUGCAACACCUCUUAUAGGAACAGUUCUUAGCAAAUGGGGCCCAGAACUUGAGAAAUAAAAAUAAAAAUACUCCUUUUUAACCCCGCAGUUCUCACAGUAUGACAGCUUUAGUCCCAAAACACUACUUUUGCAAAAACAGAGUAGCAGAUAGAGGAAUGACCCAGAUGGACCCCAUCAUUAUCCUAGUGUGACCCAAAGGCAUCACUCCUAACUGUAUGCAUGAGCUUGUGGCAUAAGGCCUUCGGUGUUCCUGUGGCACCACACUAAGGCUGUCUUCUGCAUCAAAAAUGCUAUUACUGAAUUCUCCUUGGCAUGCCGCAGAACCAAUUCUAUCAUCCAGGAUUUAUCAGAUGUAUAGUGCCCAUCAAGAGACUUCACUUGUAGCCUCCCAUUCUGUUAUGGGUCUGCAUCUCUCCUGGAAGAAAGGUACAUAGAAGAGACCAGACUGAGAACCAGAGUUGAGGUUUGGGUGAACAGAGACCCAAGAAAUGUCUUCCUUUUGCAUGCAACACAUUGACAGUCAUGUGCUCCUUCCAUUUGGGCAAAGCUAACACUUAGAAUAGUUCCUUUUGUGGGACUACAACCCCCCUGAAUCCCCACUGACGAUGCCAGUUGAAAGAUUCUGGGAAUUGGAGUCUCAGAAAGUUAAUUUUUUGGAGCUCUGGUUUGAAAACAUCCAAACUAUUUUACUUCACUUGAUUUUUCUUUUAAGGAAAUCCAUGGGUUCUCUCUUCUGAUAGCACUGGUUUGACCAGUACACCCAGUGGGUUUGUUUUUAUCUUAAAGGGGAAUGAGACCACAAAAGAUGUGCCCAGUAUAAGAUCUGGCGCCAUUGCCUUUGACCCUUUGCAUUUAUCUCAACUCUCUCCACAGUAAGAUCUUUUGUGAAUCCUCUGGGAUUAGGGUUAGUUAAAUAUUUGGGGCUUUUUUUCACAGAACCAAUAAGAAAAUCUAGAAUGGAUUUUUUAACAGCUUUGAAUCCAAAUACACUUUGCUUUCCUUAGCUCCGUUAAGAAGUGUUUAUGAUUCAUCCCUCCACAUUUGUGGGUUGCACUUUUGUGGAUUUCAUUAUUCGUGGAUUAGAUUAAUAUGCUUUCCAGGACUUGCGAGGUCUUCCUGCACAACUCUGUGGUCAACAACAUAGAGUUGUUGUGGCUCAAGUUGGCCAUAGAGUCAAACUAGAGUACCCAAAGAAUUCUAACGAGUUUUAAAAUAGUGGUUUUUAAUACAUGGUUUCCCACUUUCAUGGGAUUUUAUGCCCCUUAACCCCAAUUAUUGAAGAGGGCUUGACUGUACAGCUUCUGCUUCUAAACGCCAUUCCAAAUGUUUUUACUGAUACCUCCUAGUGAAUGGGUGGAGCACAAAACUCCAAAUUUUAACCAUAGAAAUUAAGUGAAUCUUAUUCACUGUCACUUGGUUUACAUAUUAGAUUGUGGGUUUUUUUGCAAAAUCUGAGGAGGCAGGGUUGAGAUUGUGGUGGUAGACAAUUGCUUUUCCUCAAAUAUUUUUAACAACCUGUUUGGGGCAAUGAAUUCUGGAAUUUCUUGAUGUGACACCUUUAUUUUUUUUUUCAAAUCUGCGUCUUCUCUGAUCAUGGACAAAACACGUGUGGGAAAGCGGCGCUCUGAUGUUGCCAUUUUGCCUUCCUUCAGCCAUCCUCCUCUAGCAUCUUUCUCUCGGCUAACAUCACUUCUCAGUGCUUGACUUUGGGAAGAGAAACUGGGGGUAAGAUGGGCAAAUCAUGGCCUCCCUAAGCCUUUACUCACAGGUAUUGACAUGCGUCUUCCUUCAAAACAAUUCAGACCCUUGCUUAGUUGAUUCCAUAUCAGGGAGAUCCAAAUUGAAAACAAACAGGUCUAAUUUGGCCUGACAGCUGCUUGUAUCACUAAGAAUGGCCUCUUGUGUUAUGAGAGCAUUUGUGUGUUGCUUGCAUCCAGUUCAGGAGGGGGAAAGGAUAGUUUUGAGGACUUGUGACUAUAUAGAGCUAUAGAAUAUAUAAAGAAAUGCAUAUACCUCUUGAAAAUAAGCUGUACCAUACAUCGGACUCAGACUCUUUCUUGGGUCAGCCGUUUUGAAGACUGUGAACGUCUUGGCUCCCCAUUGGUCGGCAAUGCUGUUGGUGAGGGCCAAGCCGUGGGCCUCGCUCUGCUGUUUUAUUUGAGGGAUGGGGUGGGAUGGAUAAGCGGACGGGGCAAUACUCCAGGCAACCAGCAGGAAAUGACAAAGUUGGUGGGGCAUAUGCGGGUGGGGGCUUCACCUCUCUACCUCUCCCCGACUCGGAAUAUUAAAAGAUUGUAUGGCACUCAGGGCUUUUGAUAUGACGGGAAGGGCUCUUCUUCUCCUAUGGCGACGGGUUUUGUUUUUGCAAGUUCCCUCCCCUUCCUUCCCCGCUGAAUAAGGCUGGAUAAAGCUGCCCGGCUUGGAAAAGUCCACUUUGUUUUGGGCACCCCACUCCUGGGAUCUCUGAGCUGCGCCUGAAGUCCAAGAUCUGCUUUUUUGAGGGUUGGCUCUCUUGGCAGCUGGCAAAAGUCUUUCCUAUCUUUCUAACAGACCCAAAAUCUGGAGAACAAGCUCUGGACCUCUGCACAGCCUGCUCUUGAAAGCUUUACUUCCUCCUUCCUCCCUGUCCCUAUUUGUCAUGAUGGUUUGGCAAACGCACCCCAAUUGCUGUCUAGUAGCUCCUGAAAACUUUCAGCCAUCAGGAUGGAAGGGAAGGAGCUGUUCUCCCAGUUUUAGACUCUCAGGGUCCCCUCCCCCCAAGAAAUGCAUUGAUAAUGUUACAUGAACGUGGGUGUCCUUCCUUUUUGGUUCCUGAAGGAGAGAGAGGAAGCUUCUGCUGUUAAAAUUGCCCCUCCAACACGUCCCACAACCCGGCAGCAGCCUUGCAAUUAGUUUUUUUGUUUCCUUUUUUGUUUUUUCUUAACUAUUUAAAGGAAGAAAUAAAAAUGUGAUAGCCUAGAUGGUGAAUAAAUACCUCAGAUGUCUCCUUCCAGCAAGUGUCUGUAUAUGUUGUUGGUGGAUUUUUUUUUCUAUCUUACAUGUUACCUGAAUGUUUAUAUUCCAAUAAACUUCUACCUCUUCA